CGCAGACAAGCUGCCGAUUGAAGCUGUGCGCACCUUCUCCGUCAUCCAAGUCACGACUCACCACUGGAUCCAGUGUUCACACAUUGAGGGCCAACACUCAUCAAGACUGCGGCGGUCGCUCUUCACGUGCCUCGGUCGAGGUCCUCGAACCCACUCUAGCCGCCAGGCUAGCUCGCCCAUUUUCAGAUUUCGCUGGCGCGCUGGUCUGGCCUGCUUGGCCCCGAGCCCAAAGUUGAGCGCAAUGCCUCCCCCUCCUCCGGCCCUCGCCAACAGGGCGGAGCCUGUGGCCAGCGAUUCCAAGGGGAAGCGCAGGGAAUCCAUUCCUCUCUCGGUCAUCGAGGGCCAAGCCUACCUCUAUUCGCCUCAACACAUAGCGAUUGUCCGAGCAGAACAUCAUCUAACGCCGACCCUGGGUGGAACGUUGCCUAUUCUCAGCCAGCAGAAUAUCUUUUUGGGGCCACCUGCUACGCUCCAACCUGAGGAGGUAGCUCUGCUGCUCAGAAGAGGUGCCGCUCACAUCGUGGAUGAUCCGUCCGCAUACGACGCUCCUAGCACUUCAGCAGCAGCAGCCUAUUACCAAGCAGCUCGCGAAAUGAUCUUGGAGCAGGUCUCGCGGGCCAACAAGGCGCGCGAGCAGAUCAGUCAGCACAAGCUGGCGGAAAUGAAGGAGACCGAAGAGGUCAGGGCAAAGCGUUUGGCUCGAGCACGGGCGAGGCGAGAACAAAGCUACGAGGCGGACAAGUCGAUUGCUACUGUCGUUGACGUCGCAGCACCAGAGACAAAUGUACGCACAUCCAUCGAUCUAAGCUCCGCGACGUGGAGCCAAGUGACGCCUGCCACCAGUUUUGAACAGCCUGUGGCAUCGUUGGAAGGCGGCUGGUAUCGGGCAUCAGAACAUUCCUACACCACGCUUUCGCAAGCCCGAUCAGCAGGCGUGUGGAAGUUUCCUUCAAACGCGCGUGAAAGGGCUAGAUGCAUGGUGUUCGAAGAUCUGAAUGCUCGCGGUUACUUCUUGUCGUGCGGACUUAGGUUUGGGGGGGACUUCAAUUGUUAUCCUGGUGAUCCGUUGAGAUAUCACUCGCAUUUUACAGCCACUGUGCUCUCAUCUAGGAAGGAGACAGUCACUGCACACGAGCUCAUAGCCUCUGGACGCCUAGGCACAGCAGUCAAGAAGGCACACCUCAUUUGCGCAACGGCUGGCGCUGAAGCGGAGCUUGCGGACAGAGCUGAUGGCUUCGCAGAUGCGGAGAGAAGUGCAGAUCACAUGCCCACCACUUGCACGUCAACAUCUGUCGAAUACUUUAGCCUGACAUGGGCAGGCUUCGGCACUUGACGGAAGCGUGCACGUGAUGCAAUGAUGAACGUUAUUCUUGGCAGAACUGUUAACGCUGACUUCGAUGUGAUAGGCAAAUUUGCACGGAUGCCAUCAGUGCAAGGUACGAUUGUACAGAGGGUUGAUUGUAGCUAGCACGAGAGCUUUCGGGAGCUGCAGUAAUGAAUGUAGU